AUGCUAAUCAAAUAAAAAAUCAUUUAUAAAUUCUCUAUAGCUGCACUUCUUCAGCCAGUCUAUAAUCCUUAUUGGGUAUCUUAUGGAACAGAAUAAAUAAUAAAAAAACCAGAUGUAUUAGAUAAUUUGUUAUAAACAGCUAUUUCCAUUUUAACUUAAGAUAAUACAGAAAUAAUUAAAUAAUAUAAGAAAGAUCUAAAACAACCUAAAUAAAUUAAACAUAACAUUGAGUUUUUCAAUAAUAUUGAAUGGAGUUUAUUGGAACAUUUAUUGUUAUUGCGAAAAGAAUUAGAUGAUUAAAAAUUUAAGUUUGUUUUCAAUCCUAAUUUCAAAUAUUAGACUUAAUGGAAAUAAAUUGGAGAAUUAGAAAUAUAUGGAUUAUCUCCUUAUCGUCAUUAAAAUCAUUUCAUUCAUGAAUAUAUUUAUAAAACAGAAUAAAAUAAAGUAACAUUUGAAGUCAAACCAUAAAUACAAGAAAGGUCAGAUAUUGAAGAAAAAUCUGAGAAAUUAGCAAAACCAAUAUUAGAUUCAUUAGAAAAAGAAAAAUAAGAUGUUGCUGGAUUAUUUGGAAGAGCAAGAAAUUUUAUUAAUAAAGUGAAUAAAUUGGUGAUAAAUGAAAAUAAUUUUAAAUAAGAGAAUACUUAAUUUAGUUGGAAAAAAUAUGUAUUAGAACCAUCAAAAUCUGAUAGAAUUUUAGUAAGAGAUUAUGAAUAUGAAUUUGAAGGUAUUAUGACUAUUUAAGAUUAAAAUGGUCAUUAUUUAUCUGAUACUAAAUUCAUAGAAUAAAUUUAACCUAAAUUAAAUAAAAUAUAAAUAAGAACAGAGUCUUGGUUGGAAACUAAAGAAUCAGAUUCAACUAUAAAAGGUAAAAGACAGGUGUUAUCUGAUUUAAAUUGUAUAUUAAGAGGUAAUCCAUGGGUUUGGGUUAAAAAGUUUGAUGAAGAGGAACUUUGA